CUAUUGUUUGACAGGUCGUUGGAAUGCCUAAUUAUUUUUAACCUCACUUUUUUGUUAUUGUUUUUGCUUAUAUACCGUCAAUGGCUUUUUUGGUUGAAAAUAAAUUCUAAAAGGACACGUAAAUAUUUGUUGAAAUGACAUUUUAUAUGAAGCCACCAAGGGGAAUUUUACAUUUACAUAAGCUAGAAGAAUGUGUAAAAGAAAGACUGCUGUGCUAUAAAAACUUAAAAAAUUCUAACACAGAACUCACAGAAGUAUCUAAUUUCCAGUAUUUGGUAGAAGACAGCUCUUUAGAUCGAACGGGUCAUUUUAUUUUAAGGUUAUUAGCUUAUUCUAGUAGUUCCUAUCAAUACGAUUUUAUUAAAAAUGAAAUAAACCUACUAGAAGUAAGACUGAAAUCCUAUGAUAGACAAGAUAUGAAACAAUUCUUAAAAAGGCUGCUUAAACAUUCCAGAGAAAUUUUUAAUAUGAACGAGAACGAGUCUUUGCGAGAAAUAUAUUUAGUUUUUAUAAGAAUUUUUUCUACCAUGCUAAGAAAUAAUUAUCUAAAGCAUAUUUUUAAAACUGAACACACUCAAGGCUGUGAAACAUUUACGAUAAAAGUGCAUUUUCAUUUUUGUUUAUCAUUGGUAGCUAAAAGAGAAGUCGAAUUAAUUGGUGGUAUUGUUCAAAUCCCUUGCACUAUGUGGUUACAAUUUUUGUUGUGUUUAUUUGAAACUUACCUUAAUACUGUAUUGAAAACAAUGAGAAAUAGUAAUUAUGUUAAUGAUGCCUUAGAAGAUAUAAGAAUAAUGAACAUCUUAAAUUCUGUUAGAAAUGGACACUUUCAGAAAAAUCAGAACAUUUCUUCAAACAUUAAUUCAACUUUAACACUGUUAAACAUGUUUGAGGAAUCAAAAUUAUUUCCUUUAUGUAUGAUGAAUUUAUUUAACGUAUUAGAAAGAACUAAUAGGCUGGCUCAUAAUGAAAGGUUUGAAUUCAGUUUGUAUUUGAAAGGUGUGGGUAUGUCUAUGUCAGAUUCUCUCAAAUUUUGGGAACACUUGUACUCAAAAGAACAUAGUACUUGUUCAAGAUGUACACAUAGCUGGCAAAAAAAUGAAAAACGUUAUAUUUAUGGAAUUAGACACUUGUAUGGAUUAGAAGGCUCUAGAAGAGAUUACAAGUCCAAAAACUGUUCAUAUUUGCAGGAAAAAACUUUGGGGCCUAGAGAGGAUGGAGGUUGUCCAUUUAAAAAAUUCGAUGAUGAUAAUUUGAGAAACACUCUAAAAUGUAUUUUGCCAACAAAGCCCGAUGAAAUAGAAAUAAUGAUUUAUGAAAGACAAGAAAAUCCAAAUUUGGCGUGUAGAAUAUUUCUGGAAACUGUUUAUAACAUGAAAACAAAUAAAAUACUUGACCAUAACGUGAUAUUUAGUAAUCCAGUUGAUUAUUAUAAACAGUUAAAGGGAGAAAUUGGUAGUGAAUGAGUAUGAAAAAAAUGACCAAGAUUUAAAAAUAAUCUUUUUAUUUGUAUCUGUGAUAACAUAUUUUAAGUGCUAUAGUGUUAUUUUUAAAUAUGAUAAAAAUAUGAAUAAUCGAGAUAAUAAAAGCUAUAUAUAUUAUUAUAU